AUGUGCAGAAUGUCAAGGUCUUCUGAUUUAGGUGAAUUAGUCCAAGAAGCGAAGUUGAUCAUUUGGGACGAAGCUCCUAUGAUGAGUAAAUACUGCUUUGAGACUUUGGAUAGAAGUUUGAAAGAUAUAAUGUGUGAUCCAGAAGAUAAACCUUUUGGUGGUAAGGUCAUUAUUUUUGGUGGUGAUUUCCGUCAGAUCCUUCCUGUUAUUGUUUGUGCUGGUCGAGAGCAAAUAGUUAACUCAUCGCUCAACUCUUCUUACCUUUGGAAUAAUUGUAAAGUUUUAAGGCUAACAAGAAAUAUGAGGUUGCUGCAAAACAUAACUCCGAAUCAAGCCACAGAGAUUGAAGAGUUCUCGAAAUGGAUUCUUGACGUUGGAGAAGGAAGACUUAAUGAGCCAAAUGAUGGAGUUGUUGAUAUUGACAUCCCAGAAGAAUUGCUGGUCACAGAAGUAAACUCUCCAAUUGAAUCUAUCAUUAAUGCAGUAUAUGGUGAGGAAAGAGUUUACUUAAGUUCAGAUAGUAUUGAUCCGCAAGAUACAAGGAAUAAAGACAAUCCUGCAUAUAGUCCUGAUUUCCUAAACUCAGUUAGGAUUUCCGGAGUACCAAACCAUGCUCUUCGUUUGAAAAUUGGUUGUCCAGUAAUGUUGCUACGCAAUAUUGAUCCUCAUGGAGGCUUAAUGAAUGGAACAAGACUACAGAUUACACAAAUGGCUGAUCAUGUUAUACAAGCAAGAAUAAUCACUGGUACGAGAGUUGGUAAAAUUGUUCUUUUACCAAGAAUGGUAUUAAUACCAUCAGAUACCCGUUUGCCUUUCAAAAUGAGACGUAGACAAUUUCCUAUAAACGUUGCUUUCGCAAUGACUAUCAACAAAAGUCAAGGUCAGUCUCUCUCAAAUGUUGGUUUAUACUUGCCUAGACUUGUUUUCUCUCAUGGCCAGCUAUAUGUAGCUAUGUCCCGUGUAAGCAGUAAAUCAGGAUUGAAAAUCCUCAUUACUGACCCAAAAGGAAAACCUCAAAAGAAAACAAGGAAUGUCGUCUUCAAAGAGGUUUUCCAAAACAUUUGA